ACAGUUGCCGAUCGCCGCGGGCCGUGGCGGUGCCGGCGCCUUGUCUGCCGGCGGCGGCGGCGGCGUCGGCGUCGCCAUCGGAACGCGUCACCACGCUGAGCGGACUCUAGUCGGCCGAGCGCGACGGCUCUAGGCGUCCGUGGGUACCGCAGCAGCGCCACUCGUCUUCCGCCUCUCAGCGGGGCAAUUAGCCAACAGAAUCAACAAACUGACGAAUUUUUUUUUCUGCUGCAUGUAUCCGACAGCUGCGUCGCCAAGACAGCUGGUAUGUUUGAGUGUAAUAAAUAAGACUGCUGACGUUCCAAUGGCUGCAGCGGCUUCACUCGGCUCUCCUCCGCUUCUGAUGAAUCGUGUCUACGUGAUAAUUAGGUAGCAGGUUCAGGAAAGUAACGACACAUUUUUCUCCUCUGUCGUACGAACCUUACAGUUCCAUCGAAGAGACAGUUUGAAGUCUCGGAGCGAAAUAAAUGACGUUCUGGCUGUUGCAUUAUAUAUUAUCAAAAAUCAAGCGAGUUGACAGACUAAUUUGGUAAACAUCAAUCAGUCAUAUACUUACAUGUUGACAAAAAGGUACGUUUUGCAUCUGUAGAAGUAAAAGGACGAAUGAAACAUAUUUCGACCUGUAUUUUCGGCUUACUUUAUACGCUAUUGACAAAUGCUGGCUCAUUGUAUCAGGUGUUAGCUAAUACAGACCUUCGUUGUCAUCAGAGGACCUAUCCCGGUAAUUAAUUCCUGGUAGAAGACGGAUGUAGUAGAGAAAGUGGCAAGGGACAAUACUGUUAACAUUGGAGAUAUCAUUUCUGUCAGAUACGUGGCAAUAAUUGAUCAGUGUAAUCAGUUAAUUACUUUGGUUUAGUGACCAUUUAAGUUAAAGUUGAAAUUUACUGCCCUCUAUUAAAUGUUGGUGUUGAUACUCAUUUUUAUGUGGGUGGCCAUUGCUUAGAAGACCUAGUGGAGGGGCGGACUCUGCCACUCCCAUUGUCGUACGAAGGCACCAGAACAGUUUCAAUAACUUGCUCCUCUCCGCAACUGAUGAGUGUGUUACUUUCUGCAUUCACGUGGAUGAGCCAGGUCUAGAACUGGUACACGAGUGAACAGGAUCUGUAACCUGGACUAAUUUUUAAUUGCAAUAUAUGCAAGUUAAUGACGAUUCUUCUAUGGUUUGUAUCUGUGAGUUCCACUGACGACACGAAUGGUGUCAGGUUAGUACGACUUUCUAGAAGAGCUUGUUAAGAUACUGGGUUAAAUGUUCGGGAGAGUGCUGAAAGGAUAUGGAAGUCAAGGGCAGUGUGUAGAAUGGGCGAAAUAAUGGGUUAAGUUCUCUGGAGAGCGAUGGAACGAUAUGAAAAUCAGUGGCAUAGAAUGGGCCAUAUCAGCAAAACGGAUCUCUUGUAGCCGUCUUCUACUGGUAGUAGGCACCAAUGCACAGUGAUUAGGUAAUUCGGCGUGUGAGUUCUGUCGAAGGAGUUUGAAGCGAGAUAACUUCGCGGACGUUGAUUUUUGUGUCGAGGAAACAGAGGUGACGGUCAAGAUGGAGGACGCCUUGUUCGACAAACACGACCAGUUUGGAGACGCCGACAGUGAGAACGUUUCGGCGGCAGGGAACGGCACGUGGGCGUACCUGCGGCACGACGUGAUGCAGACGCGCGCCGUGCAGGCCGUGUUCGGGGUGGUGUACUGCGCCAUCUUCGCGCUGGGCACUCCGGGGAACCUGCUGGUGUGCUACACGGUGUACCGCAACCGCGCCAUGCGCACCGUCACCAACCUGUACAUCUGCGCGCUGGCGCUCGCCGACGUGCUGCUGUGCUUGCUGUGCCUGCCCUUCACGCCGCUCUACACCUUCCUGGGCGGCUGGGUGUUCGGCGGCGCGCUCUGCCACGCCGUCGCCUUCUCGCAGUGCUUCAGCGUCUACGUGACGGCGCUGACGCUGACCGCGAUCGCCGUCGACCGCUUCUACGUGAUCGUGCACCCGUUCCGGCCGCGCAUGCCGCCGUCGCACUGCCUCGCGGUGGAGGGCGGCGUGGUGGCGUUCUCGCUGCUGGCCACGCUGCCGUACGGCGUGUACAUGGCCACCGGCGAGGUGGAGGGCGUCAGCGUGUGCAACGAGGCGUGGCCGUCGGAGGCGGGCCGGCGCGCCUUCCUGCUGGCCACGUUCUGCCUGCAGUUCGUGCUGCCGCUGUCGGUGAUCGCCUGCUGCUACGGCCUCAUCGCGCUCUGCCUGGCCCGCCAGAGCCGCGCGCGGCCCGGCGCCAAGAGCUCGCGCCGCGAGGCCACCGAGCGCGACCGCAAGCGCCGCACCAACCGGCUGCUCGUCGCCAUGGUGCUGGUGUUCGCCGCCUGCUGGCUGCCGCUCAACGCCGUCAACAUGGUCGCCGACCUGGACGAGGGCGCGGAGCGCUGGCGCUACUUCACGCUCUGCUUCUUCCUGGCGCACGCGCUCGCCAUGAGCUCGGUCUGCUACAACCCGCUGCUGUACGCCUGGCUCAACGACAACUUCCGCAAGGAGCUGAAGCAGCUGGUGCCGUGCUGCCGCAGGCGCGUGGCCGCCGCCUCCUGCGGCACUACCUCGACGGCGGGCCAGUCGGCGCAGACGCUGCUGCAGACUUCCGCCUGCCCCGGCCAACACCUGCCGGACGUCGUCACCGCAGACGCCGAGGCGCCCGCUCCGGCGCCCGCUGCCGUCUACACCGUCGCCGACGACCAAGUGCACCUCUCUGGCGUCAGCUCCGGCGGCACCGAAGAAAUAUCCUGCUCUUAGAGCUACUUGAACCUGCACGACAUCACAUAUUCCACCCACGGCAUCAGAACAUGGCAGCAGGUGGCAGCGGUACGUUUGGCGGCUGUCAGUGCAGCGACAGCGAGUGCAGUUGCAGUUGCGCCACACAAGUGCAGCAAUGAAAAUGACUCUGCCAUGCAGUGAACAGUUGCAAACCUAGCUGCAGCCGCACUCAUCAUCAUUGUCACCAGCGAUAAAUUUGAGCACGGUGUUGCUCUAGUUAAGCAAACUGUACUAAAUUAUGGCACUGUGUGUUUGUGGUUUAGCCCUGUACUGUGGCUUUCGGGUCCUGAGCUACACGUGACUAUUACUAGCUGACUUAUAGAGUUGCUGUUUACGGUGGAAUGUGUGUAGUAAAUGUGUUUUGUCACACAGUGUUCAGUCACACAGCAACUAGGUCAAUUAAGCAAGCCCUUAUUGGCCAAAGGGUUUAGUGUGUUGUGACAAAGUGGAACAACUGUUAGUGAUGAAUCAAGCAACACUAAAAUUUAGCUAACUUUGCCGUCACACUACAGCUACAUCCUGUGUCAUACUAGUUAGCCAGCAAUGGAGUGAUCGUUAAAUCUGUCGAGAGUAGUAUUCCAUUUUCCCCAUGUCGACUCUACUACUCGUUUCUCACCUUCGUGAUCGAGUGUUUCAAAUAGUUAUAUGAUUAUCCUUUGCUUUCGUGCUAAAUUCAUGUGACACACACUUGGUCUGACAGUGUUCAUGUUGUAAAUCUCAGGUCGUUCCAACUCUUGUACAGAGUUUUCUCUGUGUAUCUAAAAUGACUAUAUGCUGUAUUAGGUGUAGUGGUAUCGACUUUUUGAAAUUAGUGUAUGAGCUGUAGGCUAAAAUGCUGGCAUUAGCAACUGAAUAACGGUGAAGGCUGUGUUAUGUUCCUGAUAUCAAGUGUACCUUCCUGCCUACUAUGUCAAAGACUUUCUCUCCAGUACUUAAUAUGCUUUUUAUUGGAAAUGGUGCGCUGCUAGUAAGAAAAAGCGCUGAUUACUUACAGAUGUGUCAUAUAUGAAUGUGUACGUUUAGAACAAUAAUACGUUAGUUAUUGCUGCUUUAAUAUUUCCAUGAAGAAUUGCACCCAACUGAAAUGGUAAGUUGGUUUUAACAUGUAUGUAUCUUGAUCAAGUUAAGACCCUGGCUCACACUAAAUGUAAUAUGUUGCUGAGUUACGUUUCAGAGACAAUCAUAUGAAAGUAAUCAGGCAAAAAUAUAAAUGGAACGCUAUAUACACCCAUUGAAAUACCUGGAGAAGGAACACAAGGAAAUGAGCAACUUUCAUAUAUCUCCAAACAGCAGUUUGUUUUAAGGCGUGACCGACUUGUACUUAAUCCUGGCGUACGUUGCGACAGUUGAUUUAAGUGACACUACUUGAAAAUUUAAUGGCCCAUUACUGUUAGUUUCGGAGAAAAGACGUAUUUUAAAAUAAUUCAAGGAAUUCCGCGCUAUAGAGUGCUGAAAUUCAGCCAACUGUUAUUUCAAUCAGGCUCUCAGUAUUUGAACUCGACCGCUGACGGGCGCUUUAUCAAUGGCUCACGCUUAUCUCUGUCACGGCGGAAAAGUAAAAUACGUGUUUGCUACGUUCAUAAAUACUCAGAGUGUGUCUUUCCAAAUUAUUCUGCAAUUGUAUUUAAUUUUAAAUACGGGUCAUUUUAAACGUAAAAAAAGGUUUUUGCAACUUUUAUCAGUUCUGAAAUGCACAAGAAUAGCAGGUAUGAGCCCCACAUUUAAGCUGUUAGUGUCUCGUCACGAACACUGCUUGAUGUCCUGUCUUUCUUGUGCAUCUUCAGAGGAGUGUGAAUCGUUACCAAUGUAAGUCUACAGGGACAGUGGUAAUUGGCAGAAAAUUCCGUCUUCCCAAUAAUAACAUAAAUAUUUUAUGUUUAGAAUUAUUCAUGUCAAGGUGACAUGGCUAGAAAUGUGAUUAUACAUGUACCACGUCGAUCAAACAUCAAGCGUAAGAGUUGUAAACGUUGUAUUUGCAGUCGCUGUAUAUAUUAGCCUCAGCCUUCAGGAAGUUCUGUCUUAAGGGUAGACAGCUUUGUCGUCAUUCUGUUCAUUGAGUUGAGGGACUGUAAUAAGUUUGGUACCUGUAGCCUGCUAGUGGAAGUCACAUUUUAACAAAUGUUUUGUUUCGUGACGCAUGGUAUGUACAAAGUCAACAACUUAAAGUAUGAUCUGACUUUUCCAUAUCUCAAAUCGACUAAUCCGUCGUUAAAUGAAGGUAACAACAUUAAAAUCAUUCUUACAGCUUACGAAAAAUUCAGACAUAUGAACAUUACUGAGAGUACUAUAAGAAUCAAUUGUGAACAGUCUGAUGUAAGGGGACUGUUGGAUGCUGAAAAUAAGUUAUGUCAGUUUAUUCGAUGAAAUGUUUAAUCCAAUAUAACCCAUACUAAGCUUGGUCAGUAAGGUAAUCGAUACUUUUGUGUUGAACGCAUAAGCAUUCGCUUACUAUAAAUGACCGGUUCUCUUAGUCGUGGACUAUACCUCUGUGGAUACAUCAUAUUGUGCUCUCCACCUCCAGAAUGAGAAGACAACUUGUGGAUGCUGAAGCAAAAAUUUACUUCUGGUAGCGUAGUUACAUUUUUUCCUUCUGGUUCUAGAAUUGCAUUUACUAAGAAUUUAGUUACUGGUGUGAUUUUUCUCUUCCGAACUGUUAAAGUAGGUCCCAUGGCUAAUGUAAAAGUAUUUUUAAACUCACUUGAUCACUCAUAAGACCUACCCCCAUCACAUUAAAAAAAAAAAAACAAUCUGUAAGCAAUUUAGAACGUUUCCUUGUCUUUUGAAAAAUUUAGUACAAAACUUUAUGUUCAGUAGAAAGAGCAACAAGUUCUUCGAUAAUAAGGUCAAGAGUUCGCCAUUCUCGGCAUCGAAACAUUACCCAUACACCUAAAACUGCAACAUUUGAAAUUUGAUUGUUAGUCGGUUUGACUUAUGAAGGGCUCAUUAAUCGUAAUCUACAACUGUAAUAAGAUUCUAAUUUGUAUUAUACUUCUACCCUCACUCUGUAUCCCAUUGUAAUAUUCAUAUCGUUCAUUCCAGUUGCUUGUUACGAUAAACUCAUAUGUAUGGCCUCAAAGAAAUAUAAUAUUUUUGUGUAAUAACGUGCAAGAAAAGUCUUGGUACAGUUAUUAGCAACACUGAAAUUGCCAAAGUCGUAAAUAAUAAAAAAACGGCAAGUGCUCCUUUAAAAAAACGAAGAAACUUUUUCGUACUGUACGUGCACAUGUCUUGUCGAGAAAAAAUCAAUGCCUCUGUAUAUGUAUUAUGGUGCUUACAAUAUUAAUAAAUGUAUGUGUCUAUUAAUAGUAUAUGUCUGCUUCCAUGACUUAAAUUUACUCCUUAUCAAUGUUGAAACAUACAAUACCGCUAAUAAAAUAAUGAAGAACA